AUGCACUGGCCACUGGGGAUGAUUCUACUCUUCUUGGGGAUGCCCCUCAUCCAUGCUGAGCCACUAUACAUCCUGGUGACACCCCGAGUCCUGCGGGUUGGUAGCCCUGAGAACAUCCAUGUGCAGGCUCACUCAGACUCCAAGAAGCCUCUAGAUGGGACCCUGGAGGUGAACAUCACCGUGUGGGACUUCCCCUUGAGGAAGACAGUGGUGGCCAGACACCAACUCCUUCUCUCAGCCCAAAACGACUUUAUGACCCAGGCACUGGUGACGAUUCCUGAGAGCCUGGUAUUUCCCCCAAAACCAGGCCAGCAACAUGUCAUCAUCCAGGCAAGCUGGGCGCCCACUUCAGCCUCAUCUUUCAUGGAGAAGCCUGUGCUGGUGGCUCCCCACGCUGGCUACAUCUUCAUCCAGACAGACAAGACCAUCUACAACCCUGAGCACUUGGUUCAAUACCGGGUGUUUACCGUGAACCACAAGCUGGAUCCCGUGAGCCAGACAUUCACCCUGGAUAUCAAGAACCCAGAGGGGAUCACUGUGCUCAGCCAGGACCUGCUGGCGAAAGAAGGCUUCUUCACAAGCUCCUUCCAGCUCCCUGAGCUCAUCAGUCUUGGGACCUGGAGCAUUGAAGCCAGUUACCAAAGCGCCAAAGAGCAGAAGUUCAAGGCAGCCUUUGAUGUGAAAGAGUACGUUCUCCCAUCUUUCGAUGUCCAGCUAAAGCCAAACAAGACCUUCUUCCACCUCAACAGUGAGGCUCUGGGUGUGGACAUCCAGGCCCGGUACAUAUUCAACAAGCUGGUCAAUGGAAACGCUCUGGCCAUCUUCGGGAUUAAGCUGGAUUCCCGCAGGAUCCCCAUCCAAAGUUCCCUGCAGCGUGUGGAGGUUUCUGAAGGCCUAGGCCACAUCUCACUCCACAAAAACAUGCUGAUGACUGCAUUCCAAGGCCCAGAGGAGGAGUUCAUCGGGGCCUCCAUCUUUGUCAACGUCACCGUGUUCUCAGGCGGUGAAAUGGUCCAGGCCGAGACCUCAGGGGUGAAGAUUGUUCGGAGCCCGUACAACAUCAAGUUCAUCAAGACUCCCCAGUAUUUCAAGCCAGGGAUGCCCUUUCACUUUAGGGUCUUCGUCUCAAAUCCUGAUGGGUCCCCUGCCUCCAGAGUCCCCGUCCGCUGCCAAAACCACAGAGUAUACACCUCAUCCAGCGGGAUGGCCACUCUGACCAUCAACACAGACGCCAAUAUGAAGCAGCUCCCUAUUCAGGUGGAAAUUGAUGAGUCUCUCCAGCCAGAGGAACAGGCUUCAGCCAGGAUGACAGCUUGGCCUUAUUCAACUCAGAAUGGGUCAGGGAAUUUCCUUCACAUUGAGGUGAAGACAUUGGGUACAGAUGUUGGCAGCAACAUCCAUCUGAGCCUUAAUACAAGACAUCAGAAUCCUGAAACCAAGAACCAGAUCUCUUACUUCACCAUCCUGGUCUUAAGUAAGGGUCAGAUCGUGUAUGCCAAACAUCAGGCAAAAAGCCAGGGAAGUGUCUACACAUCAACCAUUAUUGAUGUGACUUCAGAGAUGUUGCCCUCCUUCCGCAUCCUGGCCUUUUACUUACUACCCAAGGGAAUGGGUCAGGACCCUGAGCUGGUGGCUGAUUCACUAUGGAUUGAUGUGAAUGACAGAUGCAUGGGAACGCUGAAAGUUGGUCUGAAAAAUGAAGAAUUCUUCCAGACUUUUGAUCCCAAUAGCAAGGUGGAACUGAAGGUGACAGGUGAUGCCGAGGCCGCCGUGGGGCUGCUGGCUGUGGACAAGGCUGUCUAUGUCUUGAGCAGCAAACACAAACUCACACAGAAGAAGGUCUGGGAUGUGGUGGAGGAACAUGAUGUUGGCUGCACCGCGGGCAGUGGGAAAGACAGGCUUGCUGUGUUCAAGGAUGCUGGAUUGGACCUGAAGUUGAGCACAGGGACGGACACCCUGGCAAGUUCAGACUGGCAGUGCCCCCAGAGCACCCCUCCCACUCGCCGCCGCCGCAGCUCCCUAAAGAGGAUGGAGACCAAGAGGAAUGCAGUCAACAAGUUCAAGACAGAGCUGGAGCGAAAGUGCUGCGAGGCUGGGCUCCGGGAGAGCCCCAUAGGGCUUUCAUGUGAAGAGAGGACCCGGCAUGUCCGGCAUGGUCUAGCCUGCGUCGCCGCUUUCCUGAGCUGCUGCCAUCUGUCUGCGGCCCUGACUCGGGAGGCCCGCGAGGAGCAGCUGCUUCUGGGCACAACCGAUCAAGACGAUGACUUUGAUGACAUCUUCCUGGAGGACCUGCCUGUGCGAACCUUGUUUCCUGAGAGUUGGUUCUGGAGGAAAUUUACUAUGCCAAAAAGCGACCCAGGGUCGGCCACUUCCAGCAACAUCUCCCACUACUACAUCAGUGAGAACGUGCCAGAUUCCAUCACGACGUGGCAGAUCGUGGCCGUCAGUCUCAAGGCUGGACAAGGUCUUUGUGUCUCAGAACCCUUUGAGCUGACAGUCAUGAAACCUUUCUUUGUGGAUCUUAAGUUACCCUCCUCCGUGAUCAGGAAUGAGCAGGUCCAGAUCCAAGCCGUGUUGUACAAUUUCAGGGGCCACCAGGCCAAGGUCCGAGUGGAGUUCCCCCACAAGGAGGCAUUGUGCAGCGCAUCAAAGCCUGCAGUCCCGUGGCGCCAGGUGGUGGUUGUGCCCCCCACCUCCUCCAAGAUGGUGCCCUUCGUGGUUCUCCCACUGGAGAUAGGCAAAGUGGAUGUGGAAGUCAAGGUCGUGGGCUUUGGGAUCCAGGACCAUGUGAAGAAGACACUUCUGGUCAAGGCAGGGGGGCAGAUACAGAAAAUAUCCAAUAGCACCCUCCUGAACCCCCAAGGUAAUACCCAGACGUUCCUGGUGGGAAGACAGGACAUUUUUAACAAGGUCCCUGACACAGAGGCAGAAGUGUUUGUCAGCAUCCAAGGUGACAUCCUUGGUGAGACAAUUUUGGGCAGCCUGACACCCGGAGAAACAAGGAGGCUGCUGAAAGUCCCGAGUGGCUGCCCCGAGCAGACCCUGAGCUCCUUCACCCCGGUGAUCAUCCUGACCCAAUAUUUGGAUGCCACAGGCCAGUGGGGCAAGGUUGGCGUGGAGCUCAGGGACCAGGUGAUGAAGAACAUUGUCAGUGGUUACACCCAGAUGCUGACCCACCGCAAUAAAGAUGGCACCUACCAUGCAAGCAAGGGAAACCCGGGAAGCACCUGGCUCACAAGCUAUGUGUUCCGGGUCUUCUCCCUGGCCUACCACACCACCACGGUAACUGUGGUAGACAGGCACUCUCUCUGUGACUUGGCCACCUGGAUCAUCACCCAGAGACAGGCGGAGGACGGGCAUUUCCUGGAUGAGGGCCCUCCGAUCAUGUCAUCCAUGCAGGGUGGCUACAGAGGCUCCGAGGCAGACGUAUCCCUCACAGCUCUUGUCCUGAUCGCAUUGGCUGAGGGGAAGGAGUUGUGCAUCCAGGAUAUACCGGAUUUAGCUGCCAGCAUGGAGAGAGCCCGUGACUUCCUGGAAAGACGCCUCCCCAACAUUCAAACAACCUUUGCUAUUGCCAUAACCUCCUAUGCUCUGGCGCUUACCAACAGCCCCCGAGCCAAUGACCGCCUGGACAGUUUUGCCAGUCAUGACAAAACCCACUGGCCAGUGAAAAGCAAAUGGCAUAAUUCCCUGUACACCAUUGAGGCCACGGCUUAUGCACUGAUGCAGAAACUGAAGCUGGGUCAGCACAAUGAGACGCAUGCCAUCGCCAAGUGGCUACUGGAGAAGCGGGCACUGGGCGGAGGGUUCAAGUCCACUCAGACCACGGUGGUUGCCAUUGAGGCCCUCACCCGCUUCAGCGAAGCUGUACCCUUCGAAGACGUCCAGGAUCUCCAUGUCCAGAUCAGUGUCCCCAAGAGAGCCUUGAACUUGGAGUGGAACAUAGAUCGGAACAAUGCCUACCAGCUGCGGUCAGCAAAGUUCUCUGCCCAGGACGAACUAGAGAUCAAAGCCAGCGGCAAUGGGAGAGGCACCAUCUCGAUCCUGACCAUGUACCACAGGUCCUCAGAGUCAUGGGAGGACACCUGCAAACUGUACACACUGAAUGUGACUCUCGUCAGUGCCCCAGAAGAGAAUAAAAGUGGAGAAGAGACUUUUCAGCUCCGGAUGACAACCAGGUUCCAGGAUGAUCGAGAGGCCACAAUGAGCAUCGUGGAGGUCUCCCUGCUCACUGGCUUCUACCCCAAUCAGGACGACCUCAAACAGCUCACAAGCGAAGUGGAGAUGUACGCCUUCCAGUACGAAACCAAGAUGAGCUCCAGCGACAGCACUGUUGUCCUCUACCUGGAGAAGGUCUCCCACAAGGAAGACACGGUGCUGGGCUUCCGGGUCCACAGGAUGCUGCAGGCAGAGUUCCUGCAGGCCGCCCAGGUCACCGUCUACGACUACUAUGAGCCUUGUGAAUAA